UGUGGUUGACGCCAUUGUAGAGAAGCGGUCGUAUGUGCCCUACCGUGAUGCAAAACUUACACGUAUUCUGCGCAACUGUCUUGGUGGGUCCGGCAUGACGUUUAUUCUCUGUUGCAUUAAUCCCUCCCAUGAAAACUUUGAGCAAACAGUUGCCAGCCUGCGAUUCACGCAACGUGCCAUGAAGAUCAAGAACGACCCCGUGAUGGUGCUCAAUAUGCCGCCACUUUUCACGCAUCAAUACGAAGCGGGUGCGAUGGGACUUGUGCAGGGGUUUCGCGAAUUAUGUGAUGCGUACUAUCAGCGUGGGAUCAGAGAUGCUUUUAUGUACACCACCAGCACAGUCUCAUCCAUUGUGACCCACUUUGACGGCCAGGUAUCGGAUUCAUUGCAUGCCAUGGCUAAUGCCCAACGUCUUCUCAUUGCACACGACCACGCCAUGGCGGUGGAUCAGGUGGGGCGAUUAUACAACCAACUUCACGAGGUUACGCGCCAGCGUCUACAAAGUAAAGAAAUUGAGGAACAUGAGCGGAAGCGGCAGCGUGAGACGGAGGAGGAGGUUGAAAUUAGAAGGGCAAAAAUUGCCCGGUUGGAGGCCGAUGUGAAGGAGAAGGAUGCUGACGUUGACACCGAGCUGGCUGGAUGGGAGUACCAACUUUAUGAGGCUCGACAGCGUCGUGUGACGCCAUUAGAGUUGCUUUUAUCUUCAGAACGAUCCAAACGAUGCCGCCUGCAAUAUGAGUGGGCUGUUUGUAUGGAGCGUAUUGCUGCACGGUGUGUUCCCACAAUUAUAUCCCUUGGCCCCGUCACUCCACCAGUGGCAGAUAAAAAUACCGCCUUGCAACAACUGCGGCAGCAACUCCAGCAGUCUCAGCGAGAACUAGCGGACCUCACUGUGGCACAUGACAUGAUUAAGGGAGACCUACCGGAACUGCGGCGCAAGGCUGAGGAGAACUCAUGCGUUUCCACGAUUUCGCCAGCCGCGUCGCUAUCGCCGCAGCCGCGUCCGCAUGGUGUUUCCAUUGCCACAGAGGCAACAGAUGAAGAAAUAGACCAACGUAUACGAGAACUAGAGGGAGAAGAAAAGGCGUUGAUGUCACGCGCAGUUCACGUGGCUCGUUGUGAGAGCACUCGUCGUCUUCGGGAAACGUUAAAACCGCCGCGUUCACGCACGCCCCCGACAAUGCGCUCUGCCGUGCGCCACGACAACUUUUCGCCUCCAAAAGAACAACAGACACCAAUGGCAGACAUGUAUUCUGGAAAUACCCGUGGGGAUUGUGGCCGCCACGUGAGUCCGGUACAACAACGUAGUCCAACGCCACGCACCGCUCGCACCAUCUUUCCCAUAGCAGAGGAGAGCUCUGGGGUGGAGACGUUUGUGGUCUCAGAAAAAAGUGCGUCACCGAAAAAUGAACAGCUUACAGAUGGAGUCCGUAGAGCAUUAGGCCUCUUGAGGGAUGUCCGGAGCAAACUGAUGAAUCACACACGCGGUCGACAACGACGGGCGGAAGCUGCUGAUAGACCCACCGCUUCUCCUCCUGUGGAUGCUGCUGAGAAUUAUGCAAACUUUUCUGCGCCCGUUAACGCUCGUUCGAGUUCACGCCGAUGCCGCCGCGUAGGAUCUCAUGCACGACAGGAUGAAAACAUGACUUUGGCAGAGAUGUACAUGCAGCGUGAUGAGGGGAAGGGACACGAGGCAGUCGUUGGUAUUGCAGCCCGGAGGCGUAUUGAAAAGGCCCCUCUUCGGCCGAAUGCUGAGCGUGCGUUGUGGCGCAUGUCUAUUUCUCCCACAAGCCCUUUUGUGGAGAUGAAGUCACGUAGCCGUUCUAACCGUGGCUGA